AUGAAGGCGCUGAUCCUCGUGGGCGGCUUCGGCACGCGGCUGCGGCCGCUGACGCUGUCGUGCCCCAAGCCGCUGGUGGAGUUCUGCAACAAGUCCAUCGUGCUGCACCAGAUCGAGGCGCUCGUGGCGGUCGGAGUGACGGAGGUGAUCCUGGCCGUGAACUACCAGCCGCAGGUGAUGCUGGCGGCGCUCGAGUCCAUGGAGAAGAAGUACCAGAUCAAGAUCUCGUGCUCCCACGAAACCGAGCCGCUGGGCACGGCGGGGCCUUUGGCGCUGGCCCGUGAGCUGCUGGACGACGGUGACCCGUUCUUCGUGUUCAACAGCGACGUUAUCUGCGAGUACCGGCUGCAGGACUUCCUGGACUUCCACAAGGCCCACGGGGGCGAGGGCACCCUCAUGGUGACCCGCGUGGACGAGCCCUCCAAGUACGGCGUGGUCAUCUCGAACGCCGACGGCCAGAUCCAGCGCUUCGUGGAGAAGCCGCGCGAGUACGUGGGCAACAAGAUUAAUGCCGGCAUCUAUAUCUUCAACCGCGAGGUGCUGGACCGCAUCCAGCUGCGCCCGACGUCCAUCGAGAAGGAGAUCUUCCCGCAGAUGGCGGCCGAGGGCAACCUUUUCUCGAUGGUGCUGCCCGGCUACUGGAUGGAUAUUGGUCAGCCCAAGGACUUCCUCUCGGGCAUGUGCCUGCACCUCGACUUCCUCGAGCGCUCCAACUCGGAUUCGCUGUCCACGGGCUCCAAGUUUAUCGGUAACGUGAUGGUGGACCCCACGGCGGUGAUCGGCGAGGGCUGUCUGAUUGGCCCCAACGUUGUCGUUGGUCCAGGGUGUGUUAUUGAGGACGGCGUUCGACUGAGCCGGACUACGCUGCUUCGCGGUGUGACGGUGCGCGCGAACUCGUGGAUCCAGUCGAGCAUUAUCGGAUGGGGGUCAACUAUUGGGCGAUGGUGCCGAAUCGAGGGCAUCACCGUCGUCGGCGAGGACGUGCAGGUAAAGGACGAGAAGUUUAUCAACGGCGGGCUCAUCUUGCCGCAUAAAGCCAUCUCCGCCAGUAUCCCCGACCCCGGCACCAUUGUCAUGUGA